AUGAAAUUCUCAACAAUUUUCGUCUUUUUAGCGAUUUUUGGGAUCGUCGCUUGUGCAAGACAUGAAAGAGCGAAAAAAACCAAGAAACCAAAAGGAACGACGACAACUCCAGAGCCUUCGACAACAACAACAACGACGACUUUGAAGCCUCAAGUGACGCAAAAACCCGCAAAAUUGACGACGCAGUGCGGGAUUCAAGGCACAAGUGAUCGAAUUGUGGGCGGAAACGAAACCGCUAUUGAUGAACUUCCAUUUUUGGCACUUUUGUACUACAAAAACGCAAAUACCUCGAAAGUAACGUACAGCUGUGGAGGAACGCUCAUUUUAAAACGAACAAUUUUGACGGCAGCUCAUUGUGUGGAAGGCAACUUGGGAAAAUCGUUAGAUUUUGUCAGACUUGGCGAAUGGAAUACGAAAACGGAACGAGAUUGCGUCGAUUUGGGAUUUGGCGAGGAAGAUUGCAGUGAUGAUCCGUUGGAUUUUACGGUGAAAACUGUCCUUAUUCAUCCAGCUCGGAACGCUGACAAGAAGGAAAAUGAUCUGGCAAUUUUAAUUCUCGACAGAGACGCUCCUUAUACGGACUUUAUAAGACCAAUUUGUCUCCCAACGAAAGCUUUUACUCCUCCGAUGAGCAAAUCUCAGGCCUUGAUCGUCGCUGGAUGGGGAAGUGUGACUCAAUUUAUCUACGUUAUCAGCGACGUAAAAAUGAAGCUCAAAGUGGAUCACGUUCCAUCCGCGGAUUGUCAAAAAGUUUAUCAAAAGCACAAUUAUGCCAUUUCCGAAGAGAAACAAAUUUGCGCCGGCGGAGAAAGAGACAAAGGAGCGUGUGCCGGCGAUAGCGGAGGUCCCUUGAUGUUUUAUGACAGCGGAAAAUUCUAUAUUUCGGGCGUUGUGUCGUUUGGAACGAAGAAUUGUGCGGAUGCGGGAAUUCCAGGAGUUUAUGCGAAUGUGUGGGCGUACAUGGAUUGGAUCAAUCAGUUUGCGGUUUAA